AUGUUCAACCUGUCCGAGAACUCUAGCCUCCGUGGCUCUGGUCACAUGGUCCUCAACGUCUUCCGCGCCUUUAACAUAAUUGGCCUCCUGGCUGUGAGCGCUUCGGCCUGGGUCAUGAUUGUCAUGUCCAUACUCAAAGGACACUUUGCCUUCUUCGUCUCUGCCUCGCACUUCUUCACCUUUUCCGUUGCCGUCUUCCUCAUCGUCUCGGAGCUGAAUAUCUUCCGCACAUACUUCGAGCGCAGCUGGCCUGUCCUCUCGUGCGAGCAUGGUCUCAGCUGGCUGGGAAUCGCCAUGAUCGUCAUGGGCUGCCAAGUCCUCGCAAACACCACCGACCCGACCUUCUCCGCUGAGACCAUUGGUCUGCCCCUGUGGCGCCUCAUCCUUGCCUCGGGUAUCCUUGCCAUCACUUUCGGCUUCUUCAACGUCAUUUCGUCCAUCAUCUUCCGCGACGGCCACAACGGUAUCAAUGCCCGCAAUAUCCGCAGUGAUGGCACCCUCGCCUCGGGCAAGAACUCGUUCGUCGACGGUUACUCGGUUCGGAGCAACUCCAUCCGCGAUGAGAAGCAGGCGAAUAAGUUCAAGCGCUUCACGCAGAAGUUCCCUGCUCCCUGGAACAAGAGUAACACUACCGCCUCAGUCCGCCCCAACAUCAGCGGCCCCAUUAUCCCUGACGUCGAGCAAGGUCACGUUUCCGACUCCGACAGGGACUGGGACGAGGACCGCCGCAGCCCCAUCAUGCCCGAUAUAAAUCGUCCACCGACUGCAAUGCAUCCCAUGAAUACUGGUAACACCCGCUUCACCAAAUACAGCGAGGCGAGCGGCAUGACACGCUUCUAA